UCCAACAUGCUUUCGUCUGCUCAUGGACUUCAGUACCAAACCGAGUAUUUUGUGGUUAUCGACUUCCAAGCUACUUGUGAGAAGUACAUGAAACUAAAACCUCAAGAAAUCAUUGAGUUCUCAUCUGUUAUAGUUAGUGGUUGGACUGGAGAAACUGAAGCAGCAUUUCAAGCAUAUGUGCAGCCCGAAUACCAUCCGAUUCUGACUAAUUAUUGCAAAAAGCUUACUGGUAUACAGCAACAAAAGGUGGAUGGAAGCGUUACUCUGAAUGAAGCUCUGUUGCUGCACGACAAAUUGUUGGAAAACAAAGCAGUUAAGUACAGCGAUUUCGACUUGGUGACAUGGGACGAUUGGGAUUGCGGUAAAAUGUUGGAAUCUGAAUGCAGACUGAAAGGGAUCAGGAAGCCUCUGUACUUUAACAGUUGGAUCAACCUAAAGGUUGCAUAUGAGGAAGUUUUUGGCUUCCGCUGCAACAACCUGAAGGACGCCGUGCAGCGUGCUGGGCUAGUUUGGGAAGGCCUGCGUCACUCGGGCCUUGAUGACGCUCGUAAUGCAGCCCGUCUAGUCUCUCUCCUAAUGGGCUCGGGCUUCCGCUUCUCUAUCACGGGCUCACUUGUGGCCCCAGACGGCGCCCCGAUUACCGGUGACGGGCCCGGAAAUGGUGUAUUGUAUUGCUUGUGCGGAGUGAGGAGCAGCAAGUGCAUGAUCCGCAAACCCGGCCCAAAUCGAGGAAAAUGGUUCUUUGGGUGUGGGAAUUGGACCCCAGGGAGAGGAUCAGUGUGCAGCUUCUUUGCUUGGGCUUGAUUCUUGAGUUGCGUAUGGAGAGAAGUAUCGCAUCGCGUACGUGUUAAACAGAAAACUAUCAGCUGGUCUUGAAUCUUUGUGCUGGUGAGGUCGUUGUCAACCUGAGUACAGUAUUUGUUCAGCUUGAAAUCGUCAUGUUUG